UUCCUGAACUGAACAACCUAACGUUUAAAAGGGUGUUUAUGAUUCAAGUAAUGGGGGUGGGCACACAUUUUCAAAAGUGAUGUUGAAGUAGCAGCCUCGUGGAGGGAUGUGGGUUGCGUUGCGUGACUUGCUCUUCUUAUUCUUGUUUCCCUGUUUCAUGUUUGGGGUUCUUCAGUAAAAAAGAGAAGGGGAAUCUCUUGCUGGUUUUUAUAUUCUCUUUUUAUGCUCUAUCUACCUAUACAAAAUCACCUUCCUAUAAACAACAGAGAAAAAGACAGCAACACGAACCCACUUAAGCGUGCCAAAAACCAAAAACCAAAACAAAAAGCAAAGAUAAGAACCCACCCCCUCUUACUCUAUCCUUUCUGUCUGAGUUGCUUAAAACACUGUUCUUUCUGGGGUUCCUUUCUAUUUACCUUUUUUAAAGUUUUUUCCCCAUUAAAGGUGUUUGUUUUAAGGAGCGGGAUAGUUCUUGCGUUGUUAGCUAAGAUCUUCGGAGUUGAUUCUUUCUGUUGCUAACCCCUUCUAGUUUUCACGAAGCUUGUCUUUAUGGUUCUGAAAUUUGGUUGGUUGACUCAGCUUAAGUUUUAGGUUUGCUAGUUACAGCUAUUCAGGAAAAAAAGGUGAUAUCUUUGUUGUGAUGGAGAGCUCAAAGAAUGGGGAAACAUGUCCUCGACUUCUGAACUUGAUACCCCGAGAAAGAGAAUGGCAUUUGAAGAGAAAAGAUGAAGAGACUGGUCUUUCAUCAGAAGAGAAGAAGCUGGAACUGAGGCUUGGUCCCCCAGGUGAUGAAGAUAACUGGUCCCUCAACGGUACAACCAAAAACUGCAGGGAGAGAGAUGAGCAUGUGAUCUCACUUGGGUACUUAUCUUCAAUGAACAACAGCAAACAAGCACAUAAGUUUCCAUCUCCAGAGGACCACAACCCCAACCACCAGGUCGGGUCAGUUUUGUCCCCAUCAUGGACCAAAAACCACCAUGAACUGCUGACAAACCAUCCUCCAUUUCUUCCCUUCCCAUCAACACCCCGACAGAGCUUGCCUUCUAUGGCAAAGGAAUCAUCACAGCCCUGUUGCACUAAAGUGGUAAACAUUCAGAAUGCAGAGAAAAAACCAUUUUCACCUACUGAUAAUACAGCUGGUUCUCCCAACACUUCUCAGAAAAGAACUGCUCCUGGUCCAGUAGUGGGUUGGCCUCCAAUUCGCUCCUUUAGGAAAAAUCUUGCAAGCAGCUGCUCUUCAAAACCAGCAGCUGAACCACCACACAAGGCUGCUAAUGAGAAAAAAGCUGCUGAACGGACUGCCAAAUUUGUGAAAAUCAACAUGGAUGGAGUUCCCAUAGGAAGGAAAGUCGAUCUCAAAGCUUAUGACAGUUAUGACAAACUGUCUGCAGCUGUUGAUGAACUAUUCAGAGGCCUCCUUGCGGCUCAAAGAGAUUCCUGUGGUGGUGGAACAGUGAAGAAGUUGGAGGAGGAGAAAGUGAUCACGGGCUUAUUGGAUGGAAGUGGGGAAUAUACACUGGUUUACCAAGAUAACGAAGGAGACAGGAUGCUUGUUGGGGAUGUUCCGUGGCACAUGUUUGUGUCAACAGUGCAGAGGCUGCGCGUGUUGAGGAGCUCGGAACUUUCUGCCCUCAACCUUGGAAGCAGUUUGAGGAUGAGGCUUUGAAUUCUGUUUUAAUGUAUUCAACAUUUUGUUCCCUGUUUGGCCUUUCACUCGCUGUAAUAUGUAUAUAUCAC